AGUGUACGUGAGUCAUUUUGUGUAGCAGACGUUAAGUGGUGUCAAACGCAUUAUUUAUCAAAAUACAGUUUGGUUUGGAGGUUUAAUAACUUUUAAACUGAGCGAAUAUUAGUUAGAAAUGAUCGAAAAAGUGUCAUGACAGGAGAAAUGCGAAAUAAAACGGACACGGUGUUAAAAGUGUAACGCAACAUGGUUUCGUAGUGUUUGUUCUAAUUUUUAAGUACAAGAGUUUAAAACUAAUAAAUAAUAAAAUAAUAUGUGUGAUUUUACCUACAAGUGAUAAUUGUGUUCGUUUUUUUUACGAUGGAUUCCAUACGAAAAUGGUUUUACAAGCCCAAGAAAGACGACAAAUCUCUCCUGGCGCAAUUCUUUUACGCCGACGAGGAGCUGAACAUCGUUGCCAACGAGCUGGACAGCUUCGAUGGGCGCAAGGACCCCGAAAGGUGCACCACGUUGGUGAACCAGCUGCGGCAGUCGCAGGAUAAGGUCCUGACCAUCACCAACGCCAUCAUGGACGUGCUGAUACGGGACGAGCGGGCCAACAGGGAUUUCAGAGUGAAAUUUCCCGAGGACGUUUUGCAGGAGAAUCUGGCCGGUCAGCUGUGGUUCGGAGCCGAGUGCCUAGCAGCCGGUUCCUCCAUAAUGAACCGCGAGACGGAAUCCAUGGCGAUGCGCCCCCUAGCCAAAGCGGUGACCAAAAGCCUGGAAACGGUGCGCAACCUGCUGCGAAACUCUUGCCUGCGCAACAACACCCCCAACGGCCCGUUGAAGCUCGACUCCAACGAGCUGGUGACGGAGAUGCUGCUGGAAAGCCUGAAGAUCUUCGACCGGCUCUUCUCGGAGUUCGAGCUCGCCUACGUGAGCGCGAUGGUGCCGGUCAAGAGCACGCAGGAGUACGAGCUGCAGGAGCUGAUCGGGGUGCUGUUCUCCGAAACGUUGCAGAGAGCCUUGAAGAUGAAGCUGCUGAACCAGGACAUGGUGGACGAUUGCGAUCCGGCCCUGAUGUUCACCAUACCGCGCCUGGCCAUCGUGAGCGGUCUACUAAUAUUCCCCAACGGUCCUCUGUGCAUAGACAAGUCGCUGGAAGAUAUGAGUGAAAUGUUUCGUCCGUUUAGAACGCUGUUGCAGAAGAUUAGGGAGUUGCUGUGGGCUCUGAACAAGCGCGAGUUGUACAUGCUGGAGAAGUUGUUGUGCGACAACGAACAAAUCGGUGACGUGAAAGCCGUGUUCAGUGACAUCGACGUUCACAGCGAGUUGGACGAUUUCAUCGACCAUUUCUAUCCGAUGUGCAGCGACUUUAAGUUCCUGCAGAUCAGCGGUAAAUUCAACAACACCAACGAGGUGAGUGCGGUGAAGAAACCCGUCAAGCACAGCCGAAGAAAAGAGGAAUCGAGCAGCGUGAACAUACCGUCGACGUCGGGGUAUCUGAUAUCGAACACCAUAGCUCACAACGCCAUGGUGGCCACGAAUCUGUCGAACACGAACGCGUCGAGUCUGACGCCUCCGGAGCACGACUCUCUGGAGAUCAUUUCGGAGGCGGCCGCCACACUGUCCUCCAUACUGAGCACCAACGAGCACCUGAAGUCGAAGAGCCGGAAGCCGGACCUGGACUCGCCGAACGAUUCCGGCAUCUGCACGGAGACCACGUCCCUGGACCGGUCGCCUUCCCUGGACUGCUGCGCGACCAACUCCGCCAAUGAGUCGUGCAAUUGCUGCGCCAAAAAGUCGUACGCUGCUGCGAGGCUGCACCCCAAGUCCACUCUGCCGGCCAGGAAGCAGAAGUGCGGGUACAGGAAGGGUCAGGAUGCCAUAGAGGAGGAUUCCAGCUCGGCCAGCUCCGACACUAGUUCGUUUCAUAGUGUUUGCAACGACGAUACGGAGAUUGCUUUGGCGUUACAGGCGGCCGAGAUUGCUUGCAAUAACGAGAUCAGAUCGAAAUACAAAUCCACCGAAGACCUGAUCCACCGUCUGUUCGUGUGCAUAGCCGGCGUAGCUGAUCAGCUUCAAACCAACUUCGCCUGCGAUCUGCGCAACAUUCUAAAAUACGUGUUUCUUAUCAACGCAUCCGAGGAAUCUACAAUCGAACCGGCCAUGGCCAUCUCGAUGACCAAAAGCAUCGAGGGUAGCUGCUCGUUGGACACCUCCAUCGAGUAUCAUCCUUCGGAAGACGAGGUUAUUGAAAACAAUGAAUUUUCGGUGGAUCCUAACAUUUUGGCUCAAGAGGCUUUGUUCGAUACCAAUGUCUAUUUCCAUUUGGAUCAUGACGAUUGUCUGGAAAGCGAUUACUUGAACCAUCCGAGGCAAAAUGGAGGACAGGAAGAAAGGAGUUUGUCGAGUUUAUCGUUAAAUAGGUAUGCUUCUCUGAGAGAAGACGUUGCCAAUUUGCACCCGGACUCCGUAAACAACGACAACGCAGCGCACGCAGACGGCCAAGAGUCCAACGUGACGCCGCCAAUUUGGAUACCGGACACGGAAGCGCCGAAAUGCAUGAGCUGCGGUGCCAAUUUUACCGUCGUCAAGCGACGGCAUCACUGCAGAAGUUGCGGGAAAGUUUUUUGCGCGCGCUGCUCGUCCAACAGCAUACCCUUACCGAAAUUCGGCCACGUCAAGCCCGUAAGAGUUUGCAACAAUUGUUACAUAUUCAAUUUGAUUAUUUAGGUUGUUAAAACAAUGCGAAUGUUCUGGUGAUUUUUUCGGUUAUAUAAAAGUUGUAACGCAAGGAAUUAUCUGCAAAAAAGGUCCCGUACGUUUUUCUCUACGGGCAACCGUUAAGUAAAUAUUUAGUUGGUCCUGAAACGUAAAAAAAUUGAUCUUAGACUGAAAUUAGACUUUUACGAUUUUCUUGGUUUACGUUGGUAGUACGAUUUUUUUAGCUUAAUUAAAGUUGUAGUAAAGGAAAAUACCUACAAAAAAGGUCCUAUACAUUUUUUACCUACGACUAAUAGUUCAGGAAAUAUCGAAUUUAACAUUUUUUAGAGCGAUAUUUCAAAACUUUUAUCAAAACCAAACCAAACCAAUAUCGUCGGACGAAUGGAAAGGUUGCCGUUAUUUUUUGUUUAAAAAACUUUUUUUAAGUGAUUUACGCCCUUUUUGCCAUUAAGACUGCGGAGUUUUUGUUAAAUCUCAACAUCACAAAAGUUUUAAGAGACUAGUUAAUGGCUAAACUUCGUGUAUACAGCGCUUUAACGAUGUAAAUUUUAUACUUUUGUAUUGUGUAAAUAAUUAUUAAGGUUGUUAAAUGUUCAUUUAUCUCCCCCAAAAAAAUGCGGAUUUUUUUUAUAUUGAUGUACUUAUUUUAAAUAGUUGACGAGCUUUUUACAGCGAAGGUACUUCAGAUUUUAUUGAUUAAUACUAUAGAUGUAAUGUUUCUAAAUUUCAUGUUUUGCCUUAAAUUAACGGAUUUUUAAGAACUUUUUUCUAAAAUCAUUUUAUAUUACAUUCUGUAUACCAUUAGCUUAGUGCAAAUUGCGUUGAAAAUUAUUUUUCCUAAAAUAUAUUUUUUUAAUAAUAAAAAUUACGAGAUUUUCUAUUCACAAUAUUUAGAAACACAUUUUCUUCUUGAAUAUGCAGAGUUUACUUUUAAUAACAAUUUAUAUUAACUUCUGGAUUAACUUAUAUUAAGAUACCCCUUUACAUUUAUUUUUAACCAUAUUUUUCAAUUAACAUAUUUAUAGGCAUAACUUUUUGGACUCGCUCUGUAUAUUCCAACAAAAACAAAACUUUUUUAAAUAUUUUAAAUUUUUAACGAGAGUAUUACUUUGAGGUUUAUUUGUGUAUAAGGAUUUUUAAGUAAGUACAAAAAUUUUAAACUACUACUGGUAAUAUCUCUCAAUAGUUUUUAAUUUUUUGUACUGAAACAUUUUGUGAUAACUUGUAUAUUUUAUUUAUAGCGGUUUAUGGGAUUACUGAUAUCUCUAAUAAAGAUUAUUUU